GGGAAGUGGCAGGAGCGGGAGGCGGGGACCCACCUGGAAGGGCCGCGGCGCCGCUGUCGAGCUUCCUGCGGCAGCGGCCACUCGAGCAAGUGCGGUGGCUGGGGCGGCGAGCGGCCACGGCGGCAGCAGCUCCCCGAGUGGCUCGCGGCGCCCAACCCGGCACGAAAGAUAUCAAGUUGUGCUAGUACAACCAUAUAAAUAAUUAAUACCUGAAGUCUCAAUGUAACAUGGAUAUUAACAGUGAUGACAGAUAAAAGCAGACGCUUGGGAAUCAAAUACUAGGCGAAACACUUAUAAAAAGAAAGGAAUUUAAGAGGUUCUAGUAUUCUCCAUGGCUGAAGCUGAAAGUCUGAAACCCUGAUGCUUAAGCUUUAUUCUAGAUCAUAGCUCCAACUCCUUCAGGAUAUAAAGAAAAGAGAUAAUAUUUCCACAAUGAUAGAUCUUUGGUUGUACAGGUUUCCCAAUGAGUGGAUCAUGAUGACCGUAUUGUAGGGACUUGCCAUAGUAUGGCUGCUUCCCGAUCUACUCGUGUUACAAGAUCAACAGUGGGGUUAAACGGCUUGGAUGAAUCUUUUUGUGGUAGAACUUUAAGGAAUCGUAGCAUUGCUCACCCUGAAGAAAUCUCUUCUCAUUCUCAAGUACGAUCAAGAUCACCAAAGAAGAGAACAGAGCCUGUGCAGAUUCAGAAAGGAAAUAAUAAUGGAAGAACCACCGAUUUAAAACAGCAAAGUACUCGAGAAUCAUGGGUAAGCCCUAGGAAAAGAGGACUUUCUUCUUCAGAAAAGGAUAACAUAGAAAGGCAGGCUGUAGAAAAUUGUGAGCGAAGGCAAACAGAACCUGUUUCUCCAGUUUUAAAAAGAAUUAAGCGUUGUCUUAGAUCUGAAGCACCAAACAGUUCAGAAGAAGAUUCACCUUUAAAAUCAGACAAGGAGUCAGUAGAACAGAGGAGCACAGUAGUGGACAAUGAUGCAGAUUUUCAAGGGACUAAAAGAGCCUGUCGAUGUCUUAUACUGGAUGAUUGUGAGAAAAGGGAAAUUAAAAAGGUGAAUGUCAGUGAGGAAGGGCCACUUAAAUCUACAGUAGUAGAAGAAAUCACAGGCUAUUUGGCUGUCAAUGGUGUUGACAGUGAUUCAGCUGUUAUAAACUGUGAUGACUGUCAGCCUGAUGGGAACACUAAACCAAAUAGCACUGGUUCCUGUGUGUUGCAGGAAAAAUCAGUAGCUGAAAAUGGGGAUUCGGAUACCCAAACUUCAGUGUUCCUUGAUAGGAAGGAGGACAGUUAUAUAGACCAUAACGUGCCUUGCACAAAUUCAGAAGUGCAGGUAAAGUUGGAGGACCACAAAAUAGUAACUGCCUGCCUGCCUGGGGAACAUGUUAAUCAGCUGACUACUGAGCCAGCUACAGGGCCCUUUCCUGAAAUUCAGUCAUCUUUAAGGGAUUCUGAGGAGGAAGUAGAUGUGGUGGGAGAUAGCAGUGCCUCAAAAGAGCGGUGUAAUGAAAACACCAAUAACGUCCUGGACACAAGUCUUGAGAGUGUGCCAGUCUCUGGAGAACCAGAACCAUCUUCUGUUCUAGACUGUGUUUCAGCUCAAAUGAUGUCUUUAUCGGAACCUCAAGAACAUCGCUAUACCCUGAGAACUUCACCACGAAGGGCGGCCCCUGCCAGAGGUAGUCCCAGUAAAAACAGUUCUCCUUGCAGAGAAAAUGGACAAUUUGAGGAGAAUACUCUUAGUCCCAAUGAAACAAAUGCAACUGUUAGUGAUAAUAUAAGUGAGUCUCACACAAAUCCUGAUGAAAUUUCCCAGAAUGAAAAAGGGAUAUGUUGUGACUCUGAAAAUUAUGGAAGUGAAGGACUAAGUAAGCCACUCUCAGAGGCAAGACUCAAUAUUGGACAUUUGCCAUCUGCCAAAGAAAGUGCCAGUCAGCACGUUACAGAAGAGGAAGAUGAUGAUCCUGAUGUUUAUUACUUUGAAUCAGAUCAUGUGGCACUGAAACACAACAAAGAUUAUCAGAGACUGUUACAGACGAUCGCUGUACUGGAGGCUCAGCGUUCUCAAGCAGUUCAAGACCUGGAAAGUUUAGGCAGACACCAGAGGGACGCGCUAAGAAAUCCGAUUGGAUUUGUGGAAAAACUCCAGAAGAAGGCUGAUAUAGGGCUUCCAUAUCCACAGAGAGUUGUUCAGUUACCUGAUAUUUCAUGGGACCAAUAUACUAAUAGCCUUGGGAACUUUGAAAGAGAAUUUAAAAACCGCAAAAGACAUACUAGGAGAGUUAAAUUAGUUUUUGAUAAAGGUUUACCUGCUAGACCAAAAAGUCCUUUAGAUCCUAAGAAGGAUGGGGAGUCCCUUUCAUACUCUGUGUUGCCUUUGAGUGAUGGUCCAGAAGGCUCAAACAGUCGUCCUCAGAUGAUAAGAGGACGCCUGUGUGAUGAUACCAAACCUGAAACAUUUAACCAGUUGUGGACUGUAGAAGAACAGAAAAAGCUUGAACAGCUACUCCUGAAAUACCCCCCUGAAGAAGUAGAAUCACGGCGCUGGCAGAAGAUUGCAGAUGAACUGGGCAAUAGGACAGCAAAACAGGUUGCCAGCCGAGUGCAGAAGUAUUUCAUAAAGCUAACAAAAGCUGGCAUUCCAGUCCCAGGAAGAACACCCAACUUAUAUAUGUACUCCAAAAAGUCUUCAACAAGCAGACGACAGCACCCCCUUAAUAAGCAUCUGUUUAAACCUUCCACUUUCAUGACAUCCCAUGAACCUCCAGUAUAUAUGGAUGAAGAUGAUGACCGCUCCUGUUUUCAUAGCCACAUGAAUACUGCUAUUGAAGAGGCGUCAGAUGAUGAAAGUAUUCCUAUUAUGUAUAGGAAUUUACCUGAAUAUAAAGAACUAUUACAGUUUAAAAAGUUAAAGAAACAAAAACUUCAACAAAUGCAAGCUGAAAGUGGAUUUGUGCAACAUGUGGGCUUUAAGUGUGAUAACUGUGGCAUAGAACCUAUCCAGGGCAUUCGGUGGCACUGCCAGGAUUGUCCUCCAGAAAUGUCUUUGGAUUUCUGUGAUUCUUGUUCAGACUGCCUACAUGAAACAGAUAUUCACAAGGAAGAUCACCAAUUAGAACCUAUUUAUAGGUCAGAGACAUUCUUAGACAGAGACUACUGUGUGUCCCAGGGCACCAGUUAUAAUUACCUUGACCCAAACUACUUUCCAGCGAACAGAUGACAUGGAGGAGCCCAUUAUUUACUAGUCCUCUUCAACACAUAGCAAUGGUAUCAUUGUUAGUUAUGUGCACAGUUUGGAAAGAUUCUCUGCUUUCCCUGAAAUGACACUCACAGCAUGACCGCUUCCUGAGUGUUCUCGUCAAGUGCAGCUCUGCACCGUUGCGGCUCUAGAACACUGUUCAGCAGCUGAACAUUCCUGGUGAGCAAAGGGUUUCCCUGGUGAAUUCUUCACCGCCCCUUUAAAGCCUUUUUUAGGUGGUGCUCUUAAAUGGGUGAGAUGGAAAUGAGAGCACACAUUAACGAGAGAGUAAAUUCCAAAGGUUUCAAAGAACUUGGUCAUAAAUAUGAUAAUGAGAAGACAAAGUAUUUAUAUAAAAACAGUUUAGUAGCUUUCAGUUUUGUUGUGAAAAUAGUUUUCAGCACAGAAACUGACUCUUUAGACAAAGUUUUAACCAAUGAUGGUGUUUGCUUCUAGGAUAUAUACACUUUAAAAGAACUCACUGUCCAGUGGUGGCCAUUGAUGGCCCUUAGGAAAUUGGAGCUGCUUAACCAUGUUGUUGUCUAACUUCUUUUAACCACAAUGAACUGUCCUUAUUACCAACAGCGAAGCACUACAGGAGGCAACCGUGGCAUUACCUCCUUAACCAGCUCAUGGUGUGUGAAUGUUAUAAAAUUGUCACUCAGAUAUAUUUUUUAAACGUAAUGUUAUAUAAGAUGAUCAUGUGAUGUGUACAAACUAUGGUGAAAAGUGCCAGUGGUAGUAACUGUGUAGUCUCUGAUUCACACCAUUAAUUCCUUUAAAUACACAGCCUUCUGCCUCUGUAUUUGGAGUUGUCGGUGCAACUCAUCAAAGAAAACUGCCUAAUAUAAAAAUCAUAUAUAUGAUAAUAAUUUCCCUCUUUUGUAGUCUGCACAAAAUCCAUAAAAGAUUGUAUUUUUAUUACUAUUUAAACAAGUGAUUAAAUUAGUCUGCGCAGUGAGCAAGAGUUCACAUGCAUUCUUUUAUACUGCUGGAUUUUGUUGUGCAUCAUUUAAAACAAUUUGUAUGUUUCUUCUUAUCUGUGUAUACAGUAUGUUCUUGAAUAAUGUUCAUUUGUCAGGAGAACUGUGAGAAAUAAACUAUGUGGAUACUGUCUGUUUAUAUUAUAGAAUGCUUGUUGUGACUUCCUUUUGGUCAGAUUUUGGAUUUUUUUUUACCAGUGUUAAAACGAGAAAUUGGGUUGUUUUAAGGUUUGCUUCACACAUCUGUCCUUUAAAAAGGAACAUACUUUAUUUAUGGAAAAGAGGGUGAGCUCUGUAGCAGGUGGCAAGGUUUUCUGAACACUAAACAUGGAAAUGCUAAAUUAAACUAAUUUACAAAAAGAAACAUAUAUCAUGUUUAAAGAGACAGGCAGUUACCGAUGUCCAGAUGUGAAAACUAAAAACUAAAGUUGAAACAUUUAACUCUAGUUCUUUUGAUGAAAAUAAGCCCCUAGGUAUUUAAGUAGGUGGUUUUUGAAAAUCACUCUGUUUUCUAGAAAUUAUUAUUGACCAUAGGAAAACAUAAGCAAUCUAAGACUGAUUAAGUAUAAGACCUGACCCAAUUUUUAGUCUCCUGUUUUUUCCAAUUUUAAAUCGAAGGAACAUUAAUGCUAAAAUCAUACCCUGAAUUGUUUAAAUUGAUAAAAAUAAUGGAAUUUUAAAUAUAGAAAUAUGAGAAUUUUAAAAUAAUAUACUGAUUAAAGAUUACUGAUGAUAUUGCUAUGUAAUACAUCAUAUCAGAAAGAUAAGGCAAUGGACUUGAACUUCUCACCCUGGAAUUAUUAGUAUAGGGGGAAGAGAGAAAUCAUUAGCAUUCUGGGCAUUUUGAUAUUAAAUGUCGUGAAUAUGCCAGAAGAUCUGCUUACAACCUGUAAUUAGGCAGUACAGUAGCACUUGAUGACAACUUCUGUAACGUCUGUAUUUGCAUAGAAAUAAUGCUGAUUAGUUUUGGAGAACGGUUCAGAUCCAUUCAGAAAUCUCAAAAUAUGAAGUGUGCUUUGGAAGAAGGCUGUUCAUAUUUGAUACAAUUGUUAUAUAAACAGACUAGAAAAAAUAAACCCACUUGAGUGUAUUUUUUAGGGGCAAAGAUUUGGAGAAUUUUGUGUAGCGAAAAAAGUAUUAGUUUGUGCUUGAGCAGAGAGGUGUUUAUUUUGUAUUUUUCAGCUCCAAGCAAAUAGUUCCUAUGACUUAAAAGGCCCUAAGCAGGAGUGGUAGUGGUGGUGGUGAUUUUUUUUUUUUUUUUUUUAAUUUGAGGGCUGCAGGAAUGGGCAAGGCUGCCAUUUGCAAGUAGGCCUUCCAUCUGCAUAUGUACACCAUACACCAAGAGACAACAGAGACCUACUUGCUAAAUCAUUGCUUAUUAAAUGGGACUCACUAGGUCAGAUCUAUUUCCUGAAAUACUAUGUUCAAGUUACUUGUAGGAACUGAAGUUACCUUUUAUUGACACUUAGAACCACGUUUGUAAGGUUUGGGCAAAGGAGGUUUCCUUAAGUGUGAUGCACUAUUAAUAAUAAUACCAAACACUGAUAUAAUGCUAAGUAUAUGCCAAGCAGGCAUAUAAAAAAACCAAAACCAAAUCCGUUGCUGUUGAGUCGAUUCCGACUCAUAGCGACCCUAUAGGACAGAGUAGAACUGCCCCAUAGGGUUUCCAAGGAGCGC